AUGAGAUCUUCACCAUUCUCAUCGAAUACCGAGGCGGUUUAUGUCAAGAACGGAAAGCGCACUGAGAUCUUCGCCCCCGGCUUGAGCAUCCAGUCCACUUGGAUCAGCUUCAAAUAUGCCGUCACCACCAUCUCUGGCACUUCCAUGACCUCUUCUCACAUUGCUUGCCUCGUGGCCUACGACCUGUCUCCUCAGACUGCUGAUGAAUCUGAGUCCCCCAACCUGCUUGCCUCGAACAGUGCUGGCUGCGUCAACCACUCUCAGAUUGUCGAGGCUGGUGGCUACGAGGCCAAGGCCAAGGCGCAGAAGCAGAUCAAGCUCCCCUGA